ACACACCACCACCACCCACACAAAUUAGAGGAUUGGUGCCUUGCUCCCUCCCCCUUCUUGUCGUUGCUCCACCCUCUCUUCUUUUAUUAUUGGGUUCUUUUUUUCUCUCUCUCCCCUUGGAUUUGCGCUUGUGCUCGUCUGGCCGCAUACUAGUAUCCGCACCAGAGAGGAGACACCUCCGACUCCGACCUGCUCUUGCAUAUAGAUUGGGCAGAGAGUGAGAGAGCGCGCGCGCGCUCAAGGGGUGCCAAAAGGAGAUUUUUUUUUUAAUCCAGCUUCUUAGCCUCACUGUCUUUGAUCCCGGAGAGCAGCCGCCAGCCCAACUAAUCCUUGCUGCUGGCGCGCCGGGGCUCCGAUUGCGCUCCAGAUCUGAGGCACCUGCUCGGUGGAUUCCAGGAAUCCGAGCACCAACUCGACAGGGGAGUUCUCAGGGUAAAGGACGACGCUUGAUGCACACGGGACAACGAGUUGGCCGCAAGUUUUGUUUGCACACGCACACGACCCACCAGUUCACGCGUUUUUUUUUUUUUGCUUCUUAACUCGCUUUGAUUGCAUCUGUUGUUUCGGAAGGAAGAGGCUGAGAGCGCGUUGGAGAUUUGGACUAUAAGAGCGAGCGAGCGAGCUGGGUGCCUUGCUGCCUUGAGGACGCCGUCAAGAAACCGCGUGGAGGGGAGGGCGAUGAGAUGAGGGAUGCUGGCCGCGGUGAUGGACUACUUCAGCACCUGCUGGGGCCCGCGGUCUCGUGCGGGGCACCGGGGCAAGGGCUCCGACGCCGCCGGCCGGCAGGACGGCCUCCUCUGGUACAAGGACGCCGGGCAGCUCGUCACCGGGGGGUUCUCCAUGGCCGUGGUGCAGGCCAACCAGCUGCUUGAGGACCAGAGCCAGGUGGAGUCCGGAUCGCUCUCCCUGGCUGACUACGGCCCGCAGGGCACCUUCGUCGGCGUCUAUGAUGGCCAUGGCGGCCCGGAGACGUCCCGGUUCAUCAAUGACCACCUCUUCAACCAUCUCAGGAGAUUUGCAACUGAGCACAAGUCCAUGUCAGCAGACGUGAUCCGGAAAGCUUUCCAAGAAACUGAGGAGGGCUUUCUUUCUCUAGUCAUCAAGGAAUGGUCUUUCAAGCCUCAGAUUGCAUCAGUUGGCUCCUGUUGCCUUGUUGGUGUAAUCUGUGCUGGGACUCUCUAUGUUGCAAACCUGGGCGACUCGCGUGCAGUUCUUGGAAGGCUUGUGAAAGCAACUGGAGAGGUUCUGGCCACUCAGUUGUCAGCGGAGCACAAUGCAUGCUAUGAAGAAGUUAGACAAGAGCUGCAGUCAUCACAUCCUGAUGAUCCACGUAUUGUGGUUCUCAAACAUAACGUUUGGCGAGUGAAGGGUCUCAUCCAGAUCUCAAGAUCUAUCGGAGAUGUAUAUCUAAAGAAACCGGAGUAUAACAGAGAACCUCUUCACAGCAAGUUUCGGCUUCGAGAAACCUUCCAGAAGCCGAUUCUUAGUUCUGAACCUCAAAUUACUGAACACCGAAUACAGCCAAACGAUCAGUUUGUUAUAUUUGCUUCCGAUGGUCUAUGGGAGCACCUCAGCAAUCAGGAAGCUGUUGACCUUGUCCAAAGUAGUCCCCGUAAUGGAAUCGCUCGGAGACUAGUGAAAGCCGCGAUGCAAGAAGCUGCCAAGAAGAGGGAGAUGAGAUACUCAGACCUCAAGAAGAUCGACCGUGGCGUGAGGAGGCAUUUCCACGACGAUAUAACCGUCGUCGUGGUGUUCCUCGACUCGGAUGCCAUGAGCAAAGCUAGCUGGAGCAAGAGCCCCUCGGUUUCUCUCCGAGGGGGCGGCGUCACCCUUCCCGCCAAGUCCCUCGCACCCUUCUCGGCUCCGGCACAGUUGAACGGCACCCACUGAAGCUGCUACUGCUCUUGAAAAGAAGGGCACAGUGCAGAUCUGCUAGAGAUGAUGAGAGAAGCAGCAAUCAAGUGUAGCUGUUGCUCGUACACCUGCUGUGCUGUUGCUGUUUGCAAAGCUGCCGUCUUGACUCCGCCUGGUAAUUAGUGUACUGAUAGCGAGGUAUAGAAAUUAGGUUAUUUGUUAGCGACGCAAAUCCUUUCUUUUUUUUUCUUCUCCCUCUGUUCUUAUCUCUUUUCUCUUCAUCAUGGAGGAAACAGGUGGCUGUAAAUUUGUCCAGAACAUGUUUUCCCUAAUAGCCCAUCAUAUCCCGCUCUUUUUCUUGUUGAUAUGACCAAGGCUGGCAGCAUCGCUGCUCAAGAUAAUGUUUGGGGCGCAUGAUUUGACCA